UCUCUCUCUCCCGCUCUGCGCCCUGGCCGUCAGCGGACUCCCUUUGCUCUCGCGCUCCUCUGAAAUGUGUGUGCGCGCCCGACAGGGAGAGAAGAAGGAGUAGGAGGAAGAGGAGGAGGAGGAGGAGGAGGAGGAAUAAAGUGUGUGUGCGCGCGUGUGUGUGAGUGAGAGAGAGAGAGAGAGAGAAAGAGAGAGGGCUGCAUGUCCGGAGCAAGUAAAGGCAGAGAGAAGGGGGGGAUUAUUCGGCGCUAUCGAAAUAUUUCAACACGUCGCCCUUCGCCGCGCAGGACUGAAGCCAAUAAGAAGGAACCCAUUUCAACAGGAAUGCCGAUGUUGUAAACAGCAGCAGAGGUGGAAACAAUGCGCCGCUGUCAAUUAGCUACUUCGGUUUAAUUCGACUCCUGUCCCAAAGCGCCGCGACGGAACAGAAAAGGUGUCGGAUGCGCGUCAAAGCUCCGAGAGAAAGUCGGCGUCGCUGCGCAACUUGAAGAUUAAUGGAGGUCAUUUUUGCCUUUUCCUCCGCAGACCUUUGAUGGAAACUCCGCACAGGACUGCAGAGAUCAGCCCACAAGUCGUGAAAAAUCCUGGAUGUCUGUUGCUGCCGUGCUAAAGGAGGAGUUCUGAUUUUCUUCUUUUUUUUUCUUUUUUUUUCUUUUUAUUUUGACUCAAUUUGCUGCUCGUGAACACACACAGUGCAGUAUUUUUUUGUUUUGUUUUGUUUUGGUUUAAUCCAAAACAGUCGUCUGUAUUUUUGCUGCCUGCACUUGGAUGAACUUCCUGAUGAGAGAUCCAGUCAUACAAGGAUCAAGUAUGGCAUAUCAUCCGUUUAUACCUCACCGGGGUCCGGAAUUUGCCAUGAGUGCAAUGCUGGGUCACCAGCCCCCUUUCUUCCCGGCCCUGGCUCUCCCGCCCAGCGGCUCCCUGUCUCUGCCGGGCGCCCUGGGGAAGCCAAUCAUGGACCAGCUGAUGGGAGCCACGGACACUGGCCUGCACUUCUCCUCUCUGGGGCACCAGGCUGCUGCCGCCCACCUCAGGCCUCUGAAGACUCUGGAACCCGAGGAGGAGGUGGAGGACGACCCCAAAGUUCACCUGGAAGCCAAGGAGCUUUGGGAACUCUUUCACAAGAAGGGCACGGAGAUGGUGAUCACAAAAUCUGGAAGGCGGAUGUUCCCUCCGUUCAAAGUGAGGUGCACGGGUCUGGACAAAAAGGCCAAGUACAUCCUCCUGAUGGAUAUAGUUGCAGCAGACGACUGCAGGUACAAGUUCCACAACUCCCGCUGGAUGGUGGCGGGAAAGGCCGACCCCGAGAUGCCAAAGAGGAUGUACAUUCACCCGGACAGCCCUGCGACCGGAGAGCAGUGGAUGUCCAAGGUCGUCAAUUUCCACAAACUCAAGCUGACCAACAACAUCUCCGACAAGCAUGGAUUUGUAAGUUCAACUAAUACCAUUCUAAACUCGAUGCACAAAUAUCAGCCUCGGUUUCACAUCGUGAGGGCGAACGAUAUCCUGAAGCUGCCGUACAGCACCUUCAGGACCUACGUUUUCCCUGAAACCGACUUCAUCGCAGUGACCGCUUAUCAAAACGACAAGGUGAGUUCAAUUACUGGCUCAAAGGGCUGAGUUUUUUUUUUUUUUUUUUUUUUUUGAGACCGUAUUUAUUUCCUGGAAAUGUGGCCCGCUGGAUGUGAGUGCGUGCGUGCGUUUCCUUUCAUGCUCCUGCACCAUUUUGUUGUCAUAAAAUAUGAAAGACGCCGUGUUUGUUUGAGCGUGGUCCUGCUGGUUGUGUGUGUAGAGGAGAGUGUGUGUGUGUUGUUU